AUGACGUGGGAGGAAGCUGUCAAUUACUGCAGAGAGAACCAUCGUGACUUGGUCUCCAUCACCGACCUUCACCAGCAGAGAUGGGUUGAAGCCAGAGUCAAAGAUGCCUCAACCGACCAUGUUUGGCUGGGAUUGCGCUACACCUGUCUUAUGGAUCUGUGGUUCUGGCUCAAUGACAAUCUGGUCACCUACGAGAAUUGGGCUCACUCAGACGGAGAGUGUGACAGAUGUUACUAUGCUGCAGCCAUGAACAAAAGUGGAAAUUGGGUCAAAAAGGCUGAUACUGAGACGUUUAAUUUUAUCUGUGCUUUAAAGUAA